AAAAAAAAAAAAAAGGAAUUGAAGUCCAGUCUUCUUCGCCCGGUCAGACCGGGCAAAGAGCGCCCGAUCGGGCGCGAUGGAAUCCUGCGGGUUUAUAUUAGGAUUUCAGCAUCUUCUCUCAUUCCCAUUCCUCAAACUCUCAUACCCUCUACUCUUUCUCUCUCUAAAAAUCCCCAAUUCUAAAACCCUAACUUCAUCUCCCAUCCAAUUUCAUCAAGAUUCAACAAUCAAAUCCCUCUUUGUUCAACCUCAAGAAAACCCCAGGCUAUCUCACCACUCACAUAAUUUCGAGCUUUUGAAGAUGUCUCAAAGGAAAAGAACGAGAAGCACACCCCAACAACAACCACAAUUGGACUUGGAAAGUGUAACCGGGUGCCCACACGUGGUUUUCGUUCCGGAAUUCCCAAACCAAAAGCAGCGGUUCAUCGAGCUCUCGCGCCGAAAGGCAAGGGUAUAUCCCGAGGGAUGGUCCCCAUCCUUCUUGUAUCACUUUCCCGGUGCGGGAGAUAUGGCAGGUGGCAGUGGCACAGCUGGUGUCGAGGAUGAUGGUGUUGAUGAUGAUGAUGUUGAUGAUGAUGAUGUUGAUGAUGAUGAUGUUGGUGGUGAUGAUGAUGGCCCCUCCGCUUCCUUUUGAGGAGCCGUCGAGAUUGCUAUGCUCUCCUUAAGCUGCAAUGAGGCCAUUGCCGCGUUUAGCUUGGGGGAGUUACUUCGUACAUGUUGGUAUUCUCUCUCCUUAUCUCUCUUAUCUUUCUUGUUUUAUUUUAG